CCAGACAAAUGGAAGCAGGAGUGCCUCAAGGUUCAGUUCUAAGCCCAAAAUCAACAACAUCUGCAUAUGCAACGCCCCAAAAAGGUCAAGGAAUAUGCUAGCUCUAUACGCAGAUGAUAGAUGUCAUUUACAGAAUAGUGAUCGCAGCACUAGAUGAUUUAUAUAUUACAGACGAAUGUUUCAUUAAGUGAAAGAUUCAAAUGAAAUGACUAAACCUGCAUAGUCAACUGUGCGAUUGUAUUUUUCUUCCUGUUAAUUUCUAGCUGUUUGCGGAACCAAUUAUCAAAUAUAUUGGGACUGUAUGCAAAUAAAAAAACAAACAAAAAACAAAUAAUAAUUCAAACUCUAUGGAUGGCAAUCAAUGGCAUUCAAUGUAUGAAAUUAGUAUACUAAGCCCUACCUCAUUCAGAGUAUGGAACGUACUACGCUGAUUGGUCGAAACCGCGAGUAUAUAUAUAUGUAUACGAGGACAUUUUCGAGGAAUUAUCAAAGCCCAACAAUCGUUUUACUCUCCCAUAUUCCCGUAUUAUAUUAUAAUGUCUGGUCGCGGUAAAGGUGGAAAAGUUAAGGGUAAGGCAAAGUCUCGUUCCAACCGAGCUGGAUUACAAUUUCCAGUUGGUCGUAUUCAUCGUUUAUUACGCAAAGGAAAUUAUGCUGAACGAGUUGGAGCUGGAGCACCCGUCUAUCUAGCCGCUGUUAUGGAAUAUCUAGCCGCCGAAGUUUUGGAAUUGGCCGGUAACGCAGCACGUGACAACAAGAAAACCAGAAUUAUUCCCAGACAUCUUCAGCUGGCAAUCAGAAACGACGAAGAGUUGAACAAAUUGCUAUCGGGAGUAACUAUCGCUCAAGGUGGUGUUUUACCGAAUAUCCAAGCCGUCCUCUUGCCAAAGAAGACAGAAAAGAAAUCAUAAAUACAAUCUGUAUGUGAAACGGCCCUUUUCAGGGCCACAAUAUUUCCUCAUUGAAAAGAUUUUUUUAUCAUCUGAUCACUUUGGGUAUAAU